GGCAUUCAAGACUUGCUUGACUAUGCGACCGAAGCGGUCAAGGAGGGUGCAGGCAAAACUACUCUGGAGGCUUUUGCGGCUUCGCUGGCUGUGUUGGAACAGGUUGGAAAGUUCGACGAAGAUGGGAUGCUUUCUAGAGAUACCACAUGGAUCGCUUUCAGCAAGAAUGUCACAGCAGAGCUAGUGGAGAAGGGACCAACAUUACACCAGGCAGCGCAGCCGACAGUGGCUAUGGUCCUCUCUUUGGAACUUUUCUUGAAUGAUGGUGAUCGACCGAAGUAUGCACGAGCAAUGGCAUUCGUUGCUCUUGUGAUGCUUUGGGGGAGCAUGAGGGCAGAUGACAUCCAAUGCAUGCGCCCAGAGAGCAUGCGCCUCACCAUUGAGGGAUUCAGUUGCAAGUUGUGGAAGACCAAGACCACGGGGCCAGAUAGAAGGGUGAACAUGGUCCAGGUCUUCAUUUCACGCAAGGCUGGCUUCUCAGGGACUGACUGGCUUCAGAAUGGCAUGAGGCUGUGGUCUGAAAUUGACGUUCGUCGAGAUUUCUUGGUAUUACAGGCAGCUGAGGAUUGGGAGACAUGCACUGACAGAGGUGUUGAUGCUUCGACAGUGGCGCUUUACUUGCGAAAGAUUUUCAAGGAGCUUUGCACCCCGCGGUGGCACGAGGGCCAGGAGAAGGGCUAUGUGGAGGCCGAUGCUUUGGAUGCUUUGCAAGCGUUUGCUGAGCAGAGGGGCGAGGUCGGUGCAGUGAUCCGCGCAAGGCACGAACUUGUCAGGCCAUCAAAGACGGGCGGAAAUCCGCGAUUGGGCGGGAGGUUUCCGCCGCUCUUCUUCCAGAACAUGCAGGUGCCGCUUGUUGUUCCCGAUGAACUUGAGGAGGACGGGCACCCGGCAGCAUUCCCAAAGGGAGAUGCUAGAUAUUUUGUCAGUGUGAGCAAGAAGACUGGAUUUCGUAGGUUGCAUGUGAACCACGCUUGCUAUGUGAAGCCGUUUAAAUGUCAGGACGUUCUGUAUCUUGAUCAGGUGACAGCUGCUGAUUUUGAUGCAGUUUGCAAGGACUGCAAAGUUAGGAUCCGUUCAAUGACCAACGAGGACCGGGCUGAAGAAAGUAGCUCGGGCGAGGCGACCACGUCGUCCAGCGAGUACGAAUACCGCAUGCGUAAGGAGGCCUUUCGACUUGUGAAUGAAGAUGGCAUGACGCUCAAGGCCGCGCUGCUGGCUGUGACAAAAGACACAGAGAUGAAGGAG